UAAAACCCACGUACCCAAGCCUCUGCAUAUCUCUGUCCAACUUUGGUUUCAACCUUUGGCAUUAGUUCCUAAUACCAAAUAUUUUGGUUGCUAUCUUCUCGAAAAGGAUUGGAUUUUUUCUCAUAGAGUUUAGGAAGAGAUGGAAAGGAGAUUAUCGAGCAUGAACCAGCCCCCCACUUAUGGGGAUUAUGUAACAAUUCUGAGCAUUGAUGGUGGUGGAAUAAGAGGAAUUAUUCCCGCAACCAUCCUUAGUUUUCUUGAGUCUGAACUUCAAAAGCUGGAUGGCGAAGAAGUGAGACUUGCCGAUUAUUUCGAUGUGAUUGCUGGGACGAGCACCGGAGGCCUUGUUACUGCCAUGAUCACAACACCAGGAAAUAACGACCGCCCUCUCUAUGCUGCCAAAGAUAUCACCACCUUUUACCUUGAUCAUUGCCCCAAAAUUUUCCCCCAAUCAAGCGGGUUUCUUGGAUCUGCUUUCAAGUUUACGAGUGCGGUAACGGGCCCCAAAUACGAUGGAAAGUAUCUUCACAAGAUCGUCAGGAAGGAGCUCGGAGAUAAGAGACUUCAUGAAACUCUGACCAACGUUGUUAUUCCUACAUUUGACAUCCGAUUAUUGCAGCCCACCGUCUUUUCUUCCUACCAGAUAAAAGCUGAUAAAUCGAAGGAUGCGUUAUUAUCUGACAUUAGCAUAGGCACAUCAGCCGCUCCGACAUUCCUUCCAGCCUAUUAUUUUGAGAAUGAAGGGAACGAUGGGAAGAUUCAGAGCUUCAAUUUGGUCGAUGGAGCGAUGGCAGCCAAUAAUCCUACACUUGUCGCUAUGGGUGAGCUUACAAGAGAGAUAUUUAACCAGAACCCCGAUUUUUUUACCAUCAAACCAAUGGAUUACCGUCGAUUCCUCGUUGUCUCUCUCGGCACUGGUACUUCAAGUUCUACUGAUAAUUAUAGUGCAAAAGACGCUGCUAAAUGGGGUGUUUUGGGUUGGUUAUACAACAGUGGAGGCACUCCCCUUAUUGACACAUUUCAACAAGCAAGUGCAGAUAUGGUCGACAUCCACAUCUCUGUUGUCUUUAAGGCUCUUGAUUCUGAACAAAGCUAUCUCCGUAUUCAGGAUGACACAUUAACGGGAGACACAUCGUCGGUUGACAUUGCAACGGAAAAAAACUUAAAGGAUCUUGUGAAGGUGGGUACAGAGCUCUUGCAAAAGCAAGUUUCGAGGGUAAACUUGGAGACGGGGAAAUUUGAGCCGGUGCCAAAUGAGGGCACCAAUGAGCAAGCUUUAAUCAGGUUUGCAAAGUUAUUGUCCAAAGAGAGGAGAACUCGGCUGCAAAGAUCUCCUCACCCCUCCAGCGAAUGAGACUCUAUAGUUGUUGACACACUCAUAACUGAAGACUUGAUUCUUUGAUUUUAUUAUUUGUAUUCAAACUAGUCCGUGGGUUCUAAUCAUGUGUAUGGAUCCAAUUUGAUGAAUUGAUGUAAUGAGAAGACUCGAGCAACAACGAGUCAUUAAGAAAUAAAUACUCAUGCUUUAUAUUUUU